AGAAGGAAAGAAUUUGGAAUCUCCUUGUGUCUGUAUUUCCCGUUAUCAGGACGGUUCCAAACUUUUCUUUUUCUUUACUUAAUUUUAUUUUCUUUUCCUUUUCCCACAUUUCUCAGCAACCAAACAGACCAUUAGGGUUUCUAAUGCAUGCCUCUGAUUUCUUUUUCUUUUUCUUUUUUUCUUUUUUUUUUUUUAUAGUUGCUUAACGCUUUAAUUUCCAAGAAAAACGAAGGAACUUCAAUUAUAGUUUGUGGCCUCUCAAAUCUUCUGCUUUUCUUGAUUUUUAUCUUCUUCUUUUGUAGUGAUUUUUUUUUUUCUUUCUGGGUAGUUUUGAAAUGCUUAUAAAGUGAAUUCAUUUGAAAUUGAAUGUGAAAUUUAAGCUUAGGAUUGUAACGUUACUGAUAUCAGCAGUUGUGGAGCGAGCUUUGUGAGAGUGGCUUGCAAUUCAGAAGGCAAUAUCCAUCAAAGAUUCAUCAACACUGAUGCAAGUUGAUCAGAAUGAGACCAGUAUAGUUGUGAGGGAUGAAAUGCAAAAUGGAGGAUUUGCGCAUGCAGAAACGAUCAUAUACCAUUCGAAGAAACUUCAGGAUGAUCUACAUAUGCUAGGGACGAAAAUAAAAGAGCACGAGGACAACAUAAAAUUUCUGAAGUCUCAAAAAAACAAGUUAGCUGACUCCAUUCUUGAUUUGCAAGUCAAGUAUCAUUCUUCAAGCACUCCUACAAAUGAACAUGAGAACUACUCCCAACUUCAGACUGGGGUGCAAACAACUGAACAGAUUCUACAACAUGAAAAAUCUGCUGCUGGCAUUUUGUGUCAAUUGAAAACACGGCAUGGUACUCAGGCUUCUCAUCUCCCGUUGACCAAGGAUGUGCUGGGUAUUGUUGCUACACUUGGAAAAGUAGAUGAUGAUAAUCUUAGCAGGCUUUUUGCAGAGUACUUAGGAGUGGAGUCCAUGCUGGCGAUUGUCUGUAAGACUUACGAAGGUGUUAAAGCUCUAGAAACAUAUGACAAUGAAGGAUGCAUAAAUACAAGUUCUGGUCUUCAUGGGCUUGGAACUUCCAUUGGGAGGGCUUUGGAUGGCCGGUUUCUCGUAAUUUGUCUCGAAAAUUUAAUACCAUAUGCGGGUGGGUUUGUAGCUGAUGACCCACAAAGAAGGCUUGAUCUUAUAAAGCCAAGAUUACCUAACGGGGAGUGUCCACCUGGGUUUCUUGGGUUUGCUGUGAAUAUGAUCAGUGUCGACAACACAAACUUAUUUUGUCUCACAGCCAGCGGGUAUGGCCUCAGGGAGACGCUAUUUUAUAGUCUCUUCUCUCGUCUGCAAGUAUAUAGAACAAGGGCUGAAAUGUUACUUGCUCUUCCUUGUAUAAGUGAUGGAGCCCUUUCUUUAGAUGGAGGGAUGAUUAGGAGUACUGGUGUUUUUUCCCUGGGAAAUCGGGAGGAUAUAGAUGUGAAAUUCCCAAAGCCCUCGGUGACAUCAACUCUAGCUGAAAACAACAUUGAAGCUGAGAAGCAGGUCAUGGAGACGAAAUGGAAAAAAGAAAAGGUGCUGGAAGAUAUCAAGAGAGCAGAAGCAUUGUUGCAUGCUGCGAAGUUCAAUUUUGAUAAAAAGAAGCAAGAGUUUCUCACGUUCCUUGCUGAAACCUCAUCGUAUGCAACUCAGCAUCAAAUUCAAGGCAGCACCAGAUAGGUUGACCCCCAGAUGAUGUAUAGUUUGAACAGCCAAGCCUAAAUAUAGUACAACUGGAGGAAAUGGAGGAGCUAUUACAGGCACUGUUUGUUAACUUGAGCUCUGACUGAAAUCGUUUUGGGAGCAAGAAGAAUGUGGUGGGAAUGGAAAGGGAUGCUUUUUCUCAAUUCCAGUGAGGCUGCAGAAGCAGUCUUUGAGUGGAAUCAUGGGCAAAUUGUAAUGCAUGAUUAAAACUUACUGGAAAAGCUGUUGAGCAUCAUUUUGUUUUCAUCUCUGUGUAUAUGGGGGCAUUAUGUUCACCAUUAUGCGUAAUCUGGUCAUCAUACAUACUAACCGUUAUGUUGUAUAGUUUCUUGGUGCCAUUAAUUAUUUUUGCAGUGAUAUCAAGGAUUUUUCAGAA